CUCCCCUCACUCCCCCCCGUCGUUCUUUCCACCUCCGGACAGGGUACACAGUCAAGAUGAUUCAAUUAAAGACAAUGCUCAACUGCAUCGACAACUCCGGCGCCGCCGUUGUCGAGUGCGUGAAUGUCCUGAAAAAGAAGCGCCCCGCCACCGUUGGUGACCGCAUCGUGGUCGUGGUCCAGAAGCAACGAAAUUUCGGCCCCGACAGCAGCAACAACGUCGGUAUCGCCAACAAGGUUCGCCGAGGAGACAUUCGCCAUGCUGUUGUCGUCCGCGCGGCCAAGGAAAUGCAGCGCCCCGAUGGUUCGAUCGUCAAGUUCGAUGACAAUGCCUGUGUUCUCGUCAACAAGUCCGGAGACCCCAUCGGAACGAGAAUGAACGGUGUCGUGGCUACGGAACUACGAGGACGACAGUGGUCGAAGAUCCUGUCGUUGGCGCCGAUGCAUGUGUAGGAUAUACCUUUUAUUUGGAAGCGAAUUGUUCUUAUAUUUAUCCCGUUUGUAGCAAUAGAAAUUUCUUUCUCUUUUCAAA